ACUUAGGGCGGCUUGCGUGACUUCCUAUUUAAAGAUAUUUUAAUUUUAGUUAGCUAAACGCAUUUAUCUCAAUAAACGUAUUUAUACUAAACACAAUUUGUAUUGUCUUGCACGGCUCAUUUGAAGUCGAAAUUUAGCUAAACGUAUUUAGCAUGUGUUACGUUUCAUUCUAUGCAUAUUUUCAUCUAAACAUUUAAAAACACCUCGAAAAAUUGCGUGAAUAGAAACAAAUGCCGCCAGAAAUUAACUGUCACUGUCACUAAAUGACACUUGAGUUCACUUGACACUACACUUCACUACAAGUUCUGGUUCUGGUCUCCUCCUGAAAACUUAUCGUAAAUUUCAGUUCAGUGUGUGAUAAUGAGUGGUAAAAGUGCCUCACGCCCUCGCGGGCCUAAUUUUACGAAAGAGGAACAAUUCCUGUUGUUCAACACGGUCCAACCAUUCUGCAGCAUCAUCGAAUGCAAGAAAACCGAUUCGGUGCGGCAGGUAGACAAGCAGAAUGCCUGGUCUAGAAUUACCGAGAACUUUAAUGCAAAUUCUAAGGGCGCACCAAGAAGUGUGGAAAAUCUAAUUUCAUGCUACAGAAAUGUUAAAAGUAAAUUUAAAAAACAACACUCGGAAGCGAAAAUGAUGUUGAAAGACUCCGGAAAAGACUUGAUAAAUGCUGUAGAAGAGCAUGGUGAGGAUUGGGAAGAAAUCUCUUCCACCAUGAAUCAACCAAUUGAAGUUUGUAGAAAUAGCUUCGAAAAUCUAAAGAAACAAUUAAAAAAAGAAGACACUCAGCGGAAGAGUGUAAUAAUGGGAACAGGUGGGGGACCUCCACCGCCUAAUGAUGAAGGUGAACCUUUAAAUAAAUUAAGAAAAUUUAUUGAACCCCAAAUGGAUGGUCUGUUCACCAUUUAUGAUGGAGAUGCAAAUAUAAUGGCCCAGUACCAAGCAUCUCUGCCAAAAGAGGACCAACGAACUCCCAUUGAGCACAAUUUGAAAAGUGUUUCAGCUGGUACUAGUGAUACCAUAAAGGACUAUGUAAAUUAUAAUGAAAUUAUAAUUGAUGACCACCUUGCUGUCCUCACCACGCCAAACAAAUCCAAAUUAACAAGUAGAGAUACCAUAAAGGACUAUGUAAAUUAUAACGAAAUUAUAAUUGAUGACCACCUUGCUGUCCUCACCACGCCAAACAAAUCCAAAUUAACAAGUAGAGAUGAACAUGAAACUGGUUCGGGUAAACCAUCAACAAGUGACAUACAUACAAUGAAGCAAGAAAAUGAAAUACACACCUCACCAAAUUUUAAGGACCUUACAAGAACCGAAAUUUUAAGGAAAAAGAAGCCUACAGAGCUGAUGAGGACUAAUGAUACAAGGAAAAAAACUACAGUCAAUGACAGUUUUCAAGACCUGGCCAUGGAGAAAAUUAAAUUGGUCAGGGAGCAACAAAGACUAUGUCAAAUCGAGACAGAGCAUAAAAGAAAAUUAUUUGAAAUUGAGUUGGAAGAAAAGCUGUUGGAGAAACAGUUUAAUGCUGAAAUGCGUGCCAAGCAGCUCCUUCUAAUCGAUUUAAAAAUAAAGAAAGAAGGAUCUAUGAUUGAGAGCGGUGGUAGCUCAGUCGUGUAAGCACCCGCUUCUCCCGCCCUAGAUCCUUCUUUCAUUAUUUUACAGAAUAAGAAUACCAUUGCUUUUACGGUGAAGGAAAACAUCGUGAGGAAACCUACAUAUCUAGAUUUAGCACAUCUUGAUAUGUGAACCCACCAACCCACAGUAGACCAGCGUGGUGGAAAAUGGUCCAAGCUUAGGAAGGCAGUUUAGACCUAUGGGAUAUGCGUUUGUAAGGUACUUGUCAAGUAGUAUGCCAUGUGUUGAUUGUUACCUACUCUGUGAUUGAUUAUUGACU